AUGGGUGGAGGCAAGUGUUACAUUUUGAUUACUCUCUUACUUAUUCUAAUCUCACUGAAGCAGCAAAAGAUUGAAGCCAGCAAAUCAUAUAACGUAACAAUCGUUGAUGGUCUUGGAGACGGUGAAAAUCUAGUGUUCCGAUGCCAAUCCAAGGAUACUGAUUUUGGUGUUCAUUAUUUGAAUGAAACAGGACAAAGUUUUAGUUGGGUUUUUAAAGUCAAUAUCAUUCGAACAACACUUUACUUUUGUCAUUUUUAUUGGAAAGACAAAGAUGUAAGUUUUCCUGUUUUUGAAGCACAUAAUCAAGGAGAUGCUUGUGGGUAUCUUGUUUAUUGGCAAGUUAGGGAUGACGGUUUCUACUUUCACUGUGAUGCUGAUGCGUUGGUUUACAAGCGUUCUUGGUACAAGUAA